GAAUUACUCAGGUCGCGUCCUCCAGGUGACAGGUGGCUACACAGGUGAUGCGCUCAAAAUCGUGGCGCAGAGGUACCAGCAUGUGGGGGGCGUUGGAUCAGCUGAGGAGUUGGUGAGCGUAGCGUGGCACCCCGAGGAAGAGAGCGAGACGCAGCCGGAACCGAGGCAGGACGGGGCGUGGUGGUGCGCACUCAGUUCUCUGAAUCCAUCUUUGGCGUAUCUGUGGACUCGCUGAUGCCGGGGAAGCGUCGGCGUCUCCUGAACCUCACCGUCACGCCACACACUGGAAAACACUGGCAGGUGAGCCUACAUGUGCCAAUUAUCUCUACAGCCCUCGAGUGGGAGACGAAGCUCUGGAAAAAUCAGGGCAAGCAACAUUGGGAAGUUAAUGGGGAAGUCAAGUCUACCAAAUCUGACAUAUCGUUAGAAUUCGUUCACUUCAAGCAGGAGAAGCAGGACGAGGAGACUCAGGUCACGGAUGACAGAGGUGAGGCUGGCAGGUGUGAUGCUGAAGGUUGUGGGGACGGCAAUGUCAAGGAGCCAAAAGCCAAGUCGCGGCACCACGUCGACAGUGAUUGCGACUCAGAUUUAAGAAAAGAACAGACAGUAGACCAGAAUGAAGUUUGUAGUGGUCGAGAUCAUAAAUCAGAAGACUUAAAGCAAAAUGAUCCUGAUUCCAUAAUGGUAAAUGUAGACGAAGAAUGUUCCAGGAAAGCGGAGUGUGAUGGACCGGAAGAGUCAGUGUCAAGUGACGCUGUUCAAGAGACUACACAAAAAUUAACUUCCCGGGUUUUCAGCCUUUCUUCCAACAUGAAGACUUACGUCUCAUCUGACGGAGGACGCUGGAUUCGGAUCCUGCAGCGCACACACCUGGCAUUCUGUCCUCACGUUGGCUGGAACUUGAACCGUGCGGCGUUGAUGCUGGUAACAGUGGUGGGGAUCCCGGCACACAGCCAGCAGGCAUCGGCAGCAUCCUUCCGCCUGGUCACCGCUUACACGUUAAACCGAACUGAUGACUCCACUCAAACAUUUCUCAGAGUGGGGACCUCUCCCUCCACCCGGUCCCUUACCUUGGCUCUGCAGACUGACCUGACUAACUGUGGAUGCAAUGUCACCGGGAAUUACUCAGGUCGCGUCCUCCAGGUGACAGGUGGCUACACAGGUGAUGCGCUCAAAGUCGUGGCGCAGAGGUACCAGCAUGUGGGGGGCGUUGGAUCAGCUGAGGAGUUGGUGAGCGUAGCGUGGCACCCCGAGGAAGAGAUGCUGUUCAUGGCGGCUCCCAGGACCACCCUCAGCCUGGCCAGCGGGCAUGAGGGCCAGGCGGGGCAGUGGUGGCGGCUGUGGUUGAGAGGCGGUGAGGAAGAGCGCGGCAAGGCCUCCAGUGGUGACCCCGCGCCGCCUCAGCUUGACCAAGAGCGAGACGCAGCCGGAACCGAGGCAGGACGGGGCGUGGUGGUGCGCACUCAGUUCUCUGAAUCCAUCUUUGGCGUAUCUGUGGACUCGCUGAUGCCGGGGAAGCGUCGGCGUCUCCUGAACCUCACCGUCACGCCACACACUGGAAAACACUGGCAGGUGAGCCUACAUGUGCCAAUUAUCUCUACAGCCCUCGAGUGGGAGACGAAGCUCUGGAAAAAUCAGGGCAAGCAACAUUGGGAAGUUAAUGGGGAAGUCAAGUCUACCAAAUCUGACAUAUCGUUAGAAUUCGUUCACUUCAAGCAGGAGAAGCAGGACGAGGAGACUCAGGUCACGGAUGACAGAGGUGAGGCUGGCAGGUGUGAUGCUGAAGGUUGUGGGGACGGCAAUGUCAAGGAGCCAAAAGCCAAGUCGCGGCACCACGUCGACAGUGAUUGCGACUCAGAUUUAAGAAAAGAACAGACAGUAGACCAGAAUGAAGUUUGUAGUGGUCGAGAUCAUAAAUCAGAAGACUUAAAGCAAAAUGAUCAUGAUUCCGUAAUGGUAAAUGUAGACGAAGAAUGUUCCAGGAAAGCGGAGUGUGAUGGACCGGAAGAGUCAGUGUCAAGUGACGCUGUUCAAGAGACUACACAAAAAUUAACUUCCCGGGUUUUCAGCCUUUCUUCCAACAUGAAAACUUUCGUCUCAUCUGACGGAGGACGCUGGAUUCGGAUCCUGCAGCGCACACACCUGGCAUUCUGUCCUCACGUUGGCUGGAACUUGAACCAAAUAUUUCGGUUCAAUCGUGACUGGACUGGGUGGGAGUACGUGGUGAACACCUGGGAGUGGGGCAACAUGGUGGUGAAGGCGGAGUGGGGCGUCUCUCUCCUGCAGUGGUACCAGAAAACUUUCAGCUUCUCUUUCGACCAGGCGGCGGCGCUCCCCUCCACGCAGCUGGUCCUGGAUUUCCGUGACUGGUGGAGCUACAAGGUGUGGCUGAAGUGGCCGGUCCUCGCGUCCUCCCUCGCCGCUUCCCUCACGCUUGGUCGCGACAGUCACACACUGCUGGGUGAGUCAGACCGUGUGGGGGUGACGUGGGAAGUGAAGAAAGUGGACGAGUUUCUGGGUGAGGACGCCGGAAAGGUGGUGGCGCGGGUGGUAGCGCGACACACCCCUGCUGGCUUGGUGGUGACCUUCCACGCCGACACCGCCAGCAUGCAGGAGCUCCACGAUACCGUCACUGCCGUCCUUGCUCAGGCCAUGGAGAGCCCUGACCUGUGUGGCGAGGUGCCUGACCACGCCACGCUUCUGAAGUUCCUGCACGACUUCCUUGGACAGUCACCGGCGAGUCUCUGGGCGGAUCUGCUGCAGGAAGUAAGUCCGUCGCCUGCUGCUGGGGUCUGGCACCGAGGCAGACUUACAUCACCUGCUGGAAGUUUUCAGGGAGGAAAUGGGGACAGCAGAAGGCGUAGGAUUGUGGGAGGCAGUAUGGACGGUGCUGGAGCGGGCGGGGCUGCUGCGUUCCCGCGGCGAGGAGGUGGAGGUGGUGGUGCCCUCCGAGUGGAUUAGGCUGGCGCAGGGGUGGUUCACUUGGGCUGUCAUGGGAGGCGGCGGGCAGUGCGAAGGCAACACACUGAUGGUUAACCUGGUGGAUGCGCUGGCGGAGACCCUGAGGCGAAGUGGCAGCGGGCAAGCAACCUUUUGACCCACCAGUCAGACAAACUUUUAUGUUCGUUCUGAAGGCAAAUCAAAAGCAGGAAUUUGUUACCAAAACCAUAAAUAAAUGACGUCAUCGUACAUCUGGCAUCCAUUCGUGUAGCUGCUAUACAACACUAUAUUGUUUAUUUAUUUAUUUUUUUACAUUGUGUUGAUUAAUUGCUUGCUUAUUCUUAGAAAAUAUGUAGGCGAUAAUAUCAACAUAAAUUAUAUACAUGUAUUCAUUUCAUUGGGACUAUUCACUCCUGUUGCUACGUUCUCAUGUUCGUUUGUAUUGAAAAAUGUUCCCUUAAUUAUCAAUACACCCAACCAUCAAUAAUUAUUAUAGUAAUAUCAAAAUAAAAUGUUCAUUGUUAAAUACUGGAUCAAAAUAAAGCCAAUCAGGGACCUCGACACUUGCUUUACCAUUUACGUAAGAAAGAAAACCCCGUUGAAAAAGCAGAAUCAACUGGACUUCCGCGGGAAACUACAACAAUCAUCAUCAGUCCACUGCUAUUUCCUCCGCGUAAAAGCAAUGCAAGAUGUGCUACCUCGUUUUGGAGGUGUUUUCAGGACACAGGGAAGGAAGAUGAAACCUGACUAUCUUGCACCUCAAAGACUCAAAACAGACCACCACCACCACCACCACCACCACCACCACCACUACCUAACGCUGUGUCCAGGCUGGAAUGUGUGACCUCUCUGCCAGGAAUGUCACCGUCCUCUCACACUCUGACACCAAGUACCUCACAACAACACCUGCAAUACUACACCUCUGAGCCCCCCGGAGCCUGGCGGCCCUGCUCGGUCCCUUCCACGACUCGCAGCGAGAGAGAGAGGUCGAGGUGCGGUGGUCUCGUGGCGGAAGGCUGAAGGAGGCGGUGAAGGAGUGAAGGUGUGAAGUGUGCAGCUUCCACUUCAUCAUCCCAUGAACAGCCCACAGGAAUCUCUACCAGCACCUGGUUAUUAAACAGUGUUGUCACGCCAGGCCCAAUGUACUCCAUUGCAAUCAGGGAGUCAAGCUUCACCAGGAAAAGAGGCAGAGCGUCACCACCUUCAAGCCCACAAGAGGUAUUAAGUAUCGUUGGGACAAAGCAAUCAGGGAAGAGUCAAGUUGCAGUAAGAAGAGUGUGUCAAGAAUUUCAAGCAGGAAGAACACGUAAAAUUCCCUUCAAGUCAUGGCGGGACCGACAGGCAACCUUCAACACUUGUGGAGGCACGAGAGCUGCAGGCAGUUUCACAAAGAAGAGGUUGCUCCUCACUCAAGUUGACACAAGGACACAAGAAUUGGCAAGUGUUGUUGCUCCCAGGCCCUGCUGCAAGAGUUCUCCAGUCCACUCCAGUCUGGGAAGGAAGAAUGUAGCAAGUCCCUCUCUUCUGUACUCAACAACCACCACCACCACCUUCAUUCAGGCUUGGGAUAAGUUUUGUACAUUCCAGCACUUCAGUAAUAAGGAAAAAAAGUGCCAUGUUUAUAUUAUUGUUGUGCAUUUAUUCACUUAACAUUCACAUUAAAACAAUAAACAUUCAGUGUACCAUCUUGAACAUAA